GCCCCCGGCAUCCGGAGCCGGCGGCCGCAGCCAUAGAGCAGCGGAAGCGCGGGCAGAGGGUCCCGCCCGCAGGACAGCGCCAUGGCCUCCCGUGGGGGUCCCCGCGCCGCCGGCACCGACGGCAGCGACUUCCAGCACCGGGAGCGCGUGGCCUCGCACUACCAGAUGAGCGUGACGCUUAAGUCGGAGAUCAAGAAGCUGAUCUACACGCAUGUGGUCAUUUGGCUGCUGCUCCUGGCCCAGAUGGUCGUGGGGCACCUCAAGCUGCUGCCCCACGACCAGGUGGCCAUGCCCUACCAGUGGGAGUAUCCCUACCUGCUCAGCAUCCUGCCCUCCCUCCUGGGCCUCCUGUCCUUCCCCCGCAACAACAUCAGCUACCUGGUACUCUCCAUGAUCAGCACCGGCCUCUUCUCCAUAGCUCCCCUCAUCUACGGGGCCAUGGAGAUGUUCCCCAUGGCACAGCAGCUGUACCGCCACGGCAAAGCUUACCGCUUCAUCUUCGGCUUCUCGGCCGUCUCUGUCAUGUACCUGGUGGUAGUGGUGGCUGCGCAGGUGCAUGGCUGGCAACUCUACUACAGCAAGAAGCUGCUGGACUCCUGGUUCACUAGCACGCAGGAGAAGAAGAAGAAAUGAGUGGGGAUGGGUGGGCUCUGUGAGGUGCUGAAGCUCUGCAGUUCAGUCCUGUGGGGCAGCGCUGGCGCAGCUCCGGUGGGUGGGGGAUCCUCGGGGACCACGGGGUAGGUGUCUGAGCCACGGCCCCGGGCUCGCAUGCAAGGGGGAGACCCCCGAGGGCCGGGGCCGUGGAGGGUCCCUGGGGUGCGUGCCCCUUCCUCCGCGCGUUGCUCUAUGGAAAUAAAGCACCGUCCGCUCUCCCA